AAGCGUUGAAUCAAGAGGCAUUGAGCCAAGUGAGAUGACUUGAAAACAUAUUUGCAUCAUCAUCAUCACCUCUCGUUGAUUUGUAAAAUUCAAGGAAUACCUACAAUGUUAUACAUACAAUUACGAAGCUGAUUGAAUCCUCCCAUCCAAUCUGAUCUCUUCUCUCAGAAGGAAAUGCCAGUCUCUGCUUCCGCUAUUUACUUUCUCAAUCUCCGCGGCGAUGUGCUCAUCAAUCGUCUCUACCGAGACGACGUCGGGGGAAACAUGGUGGAUGCGUUUCGGUUGCAUAUAAUGCAGACAAAAGAGCUGGGGAGCUGCCCUGUGCGUCAGAUUGGAGGCUGCUCAUUUCUGUACAUGAGAAUUAGCAAUGUCUACAUUGUCAUUGUUGUCAGCACCAAUGCUAAUGUUGCUUCCGCCUUCAAGUUUGUUGUCGAGGCAGUCGCAUUGUUCAAAUCAUACUUUGGAGGAGCAUUUGACGAGGAUGCCAUCCGAAACAAUUUUGUUCUCAUCUACGAGCUGUUGGAUGAGAUUAUGGAUUUUGGUUACCCUCAAAAUCUUUCUCCUGAGAUGUUAAAGCUUUACAUAACCCAGCAAGGUGUUCGUUCACCAUUCUCGUCCAAGCCUAAAGAAAAAAUUGUCCCAAAUGCGACUUUACAAGUUACCGGUGCUGUUGGUUGGCGGAGAGAAGGUCUUGUGUACAAAAAGAAUGAGGUGUUUCUGGAUAUUGUGGAAAGUGUAAACCUUCUAAUGUCUUCAAAAGGUAGUGUACUGAGCUGUGAUGUAACUGGAAAAAUUCUUAUGAAGUGCUUUCUUUCUGGAAUGCCUGAUUUAAAGUUGGGCUUAAAUGAUAAAAUUGGUCUAGAGAAAGAAUCACAACUUAAGUCACGACCAGCUAAAAGCGGAAAAACUAUUGAACUGGACGAUGUUACUUUUCAUCAAUGUGUAAAUUUAACAAGGUUCAACACAGAGAAAACUGUCAGUUUUGUCCCCCCUGAUGGUGAAUUUGAACUAAUGAAGUAUCGCAUUACUGAGGGUGUAAAUCUUCCCUUCAGAGUGUUGCCCACUAUUAAGGAACUGGGCCAGGCCCGCGUGGAAGUAAAUGUCAAGGUAAAGAGCGCUUUUGGGGCUAAAAUGUUUGCACUUGGCGUAGUCAUCAAGAUCCCAGUACCAAAACAAACAGCAAAAACAAGUUUCCAGGUCACGUCAGGUCGAGUUAAAUACAAUGCCGCCAUCAAUUGUUUGGUCUGGAAGAUACGGAAAUUUCCUGGUCAAACUGAGCCAACCUUGAGUGCUGAAGUCGAAUUAAUUUCCACCAUUUCAGAAAAGAAGUCUUGGACCAGACCACCAAUACAAAUGGAAUUUCAGGUUCCAAUGUUCACAGCAUCUGGAUUACGUGUCCGUUUUCUUAAGGUCUGGGAGAAGAGUGGAUACAACACAGUUGAGUGGGUUCGUUACAUUACCAAAGCCGGUUCUUAUGAAAUAAGGUGCUAGGGAGGACAUAGAUACAUAUAUUAGUUUCUUGGAAGUUCCUGUAAAUGGAUUGGAGUAACAUAUUCAAGCUAGCCACCUUCAUAAAAACGGAUAUCAUACUUAUAGCCUGAAGUGAUGCCGAGUUACUUUUAAUAGAUGCAACUAAUCUUUCUUUCUGUAUCAAGUUGUAGAUGUCUCUGGUAGAAAGGAUAAUGUCAAUAAUACUAUAUGUUGUCAAUAGUCAGAUGUUGUGAAUUUGGCUUGACA